AUGCAUUUUUUGAGGGUGUGCGAACAUGCUGAGGAAGAGAACCAGAUCACACCAGAAAGAUCAACAAAACAUGGGGCAUCCCCAAAACCAAAUGAAACAACUCAAAAGAGUUGGAAUUGUAACAAAGUAGGUUUAAGCAUUAUAGAAUCUCUUGAAGAUGAGACAAAACCCUCAUCUGGGAAAAUACUCCGAUCAUCAGCCAGUAAGAGCAUUCUUUUUGCACCUCAAAUGAGAAUCUUGAACAACCCGAGUUUGAAAACCGACCCGUUUGACUCGUUAUCCAACUCACUCCCUAAAAAUUAUGCCAUUUUCCCUUCCACCCACAUCAAGACCUCAAAUUCUAAACUGAUUUCAGAAGAAUCAUCUUCAAAGUUUUGGUCACAUUCUUUGGAUUCUUCAAAUCUCGGGUCGAAUUUACCCUGUUUAACGACCCGCCCGCCCAACUCAAAUACCCGUUUGUCAAACACACAAAACCCCGGAAAAGAUUUAGUGGGAUCCCUUUCAGCAAGUGAGAUUGAGCUUUCUGAGGAUUAUACAUGUGUUAGAAAACAUGGGCCUAACCCUAAAACAACUCAUAAUUUUGGUGACUGUAUUUUAGAACGCCACGAAGACGAAUUUGUCCCUAAAUCUUCUGAAGAAUCUGAUUCUAAACCUUCUCAAGUCAUGACUUCUUACCUCUCUGAUGAUUUCUUGAGCUUUUGUUACUCUUGCAAGAAGAAAUUGGAAGGCGAAGAUAUCUACAUGUACAGAGGUGAGAAAGCAUUUUGCAGUUGGAAUUGCAGAUCAGAGGAGAUUUUGAUUGAGGAAGAGAUGGAGAAGAACAAUGCCAUGGAUGAUCUUGUUUUAAAAGCGUGUGGUUUUUCUUUAUAUGUGUUUCAUGGAUCAUGGUUUUAG